CUCCCCUGCAUUUCUAAUUUCAUAGAAAUCAAACAAAUUUGUUUGUUCAAGAAUUUGUUUGAUUAGUGAAUUUUUUCUGUGGGUAUUAUUUGUAAGAUGUGGCAGACGUGGAAUACGCCUUACCGGAAAGAUGACGUGGAGGGCGGAGCAAGGCCGUUGUAUCCGACGAUGUUAGAGAGUCCUGAACUCCGUUGGGGUUUUAUUCGGAAAGUCUACUCUAUUUUGAGUCUUCAACUUCUUCUCACAAUUGCAGUUGCCUCUGUAGUUGUCACCGUUCACCCAAUUGCACACUUUUUUGUGUCAACAGGGGCAGGAUUAGCUCUGUAUAUUGUUCUUAUAAUCACUCCCUUCAUUACAUUGUGUCCGCUGUAUUACUAUCACCAGAAGCAUCCGGUCAACUAUUUGUUACUUGGGUUAUUUACAGUUGCUUUAGCCUUUGCUGUGGGAUUAACUUGUGCAUUCACCAGUGGCAAGGUAAUAUUGGAGUCGGUCAUAUUGACGACAUCAGUGGUGCUUAGCCUAACAGUGUACACAUUCUGGGCAGCAAAGAGAGGCCAUGAUUUCAAUUUUCUGGGACCAUUCUUAUUUGGUGCUCUCAUUGUUCUCAUGUUGUUUGCCUUCAUCCAGUUUCUGUUUCCUUUGGGUAGGAUCUCUGUGAUGAUCUAUGGGUGUCUAGCCUCAAUUUUAUUCUGUGGAUACAUCGUUUAUGAUACAGACAACCUAAUCAAGCGCUAUACUUACGACGAGUAUAUCUGGGCUGCAGUUGCCUUGUAUCUGGACGUUAUCAAUCUCUUCCUAUCUAUACUGACUAUCUUCAGAGCUUCUGAAAGUUGAGGGGGACAGCCAUACAUAUAUAUAUAUAUAUGAUUAUCUUUUUUCUUUUAGGUGCAUGUUUCCUUUUUCCUUUUUUACUUUUGGUCUCAGUUAUUUGGGUGUAGCAGUCAGUGCAUAGAUGUAGUUGCAUACUUAUGUAUGUUGUAAAUACUAUCAAGUUAAAAGAGACUAAUUUUUCCAUUCAAUAAUGUCUGUCUUUUUCUCAGCCUAGGUAUUGAAUGGCGCAUUAGUAUUGAUUUUUGCCCUGGCUGUAUAACUUACUUCAAGUCAAUAAUUGACUUGGAAUCUAAACCUUUGAUCCUAUCUCCUCUUGGGGUUUUAAACCUUAAGCUACUCGAGUAUCAAAGGCUGUUAUCUGUUGGUGUUGGUAACGACGCAGAAUUUAUAUUUGAUUUCUUUUUUUAAUAUUUAUUUAAAAUAAUAAAAACAGAUUUGUUGGUUAGA